AUGCUUACAGUAGGCAUCCUCGUUAGGCAGGAUGAUGGUGGGGCCUACCAUUCACGGUUGUGGGCAGCACACCAUUUAGGCGGCCUUAAAUUUCCACCUCAUACCUCACAUUUGAUAAUGGCAGAAAUCGGUGGGGCGACUAUAGGCGGAGUAGCGAGCAUCGCGGCUGCCCUCUACAUGAGUGCUGCAGGAUUUUCCGCCCGCCAUGACCAGUGCCACGAUUCUCAGGUGGCGGAUACGCAACUGCUUGCCAAAAGUUUCGAGAAGGCAUACAGGGAUGGAGAUCUCAGCGAUGAAGACUAUAGCAAAUAUCUAGAAUUGAGGAGCGUGGCAAUAGCGUCGGCAUGGGAAUACCGGAACACCAUUCGUUCAUACAAGGAUACUAGUCCACUGAAUUUUUUGAAGAAGCGGAGAAGAAGGAAAGACGUAAGGGAAAGGAAGGAGCAAACAUGUUUGACGAACCAGAAGUUGUUGGACCAUUAUUACUUCGCCUCGAGUGGCUCGGACGCGUCCUCCAUCACUGCUGCCUCUGGUUCGCCCCCUGGCUCAGGGCUUGAAAAUGAGAAUAUAAGAGAUUGGAUUGCGGAUGUCGAUACCUGGGAAGAGUGUCGAGAACUGAGUGACAACAACUCCGAUUCUGAUUCCGAUUCAAACUUCUCGGAAUGUGGCGUUGACGACGAAGCGUCUCAUGCAUGCCAAGAGUUCAUGAAGGAGUUCACCCCAUCCCUCCAUUCGCAAACUCCCAAUACCGGGGAGGAUCGAUCGACUUUCUACUACGCAAACAAUCAACCACAUUUCUUGACAGACCAAGAUGGGAGAGGCAAGCCAGGGCUUGUGUUUAGUGAUCAGGAUUCCGUCUCCGAGCAGAGCGUGUUUGACUUCUCGGACACCGUCGCGCUUUCUCUAAUUGAGGAAGAGCAUGUUCAGGACCAUGCUGCAUCAUGGGAGACACCAAUCCUUCACGCGAACCAGUGCUUGGAAGAUGUCUUUAGUUCUCAGCGUAAAUCGAAAGAGGACUCUUGCCUCGCGGACUGGGACUCUCGCUUCGCAGACUGGGACCCCGACUUCGCAGAGCCAGGUUCCUCAACUCAUUGUCUGGAAAUUUCCCGACAGAAUGCGUGGGCAGCAUAUCAACACGACCGAGUUGCGCUGGCCGAAUCUGCACGAAUAUUUUAUGCAACCUGUAUUCAUUGGCUCGAAUGUUAUAUAGUGAGUAAACGGGGGGCACCGGAGCCCGAAAACUCUCUGGCUAGCUUGGAGAGUGCAGUGCAGCUUUACAAGGAAAGACUAGAGUGUUUAGCUGAGCGUCGUCGAGAGUUGGAGGAUUAA